UAUAGUCACACUGGAAAAAAAAUUGGAAAUUAGCAACGUUUAUCAGUCCAUUUGCACAGUUAUUGUACUUAUUGGUUGAGCAAUAGUUGGCUGAACCUAUAGCCUGACUUCUCGCGCAGUUCAGCUUGUGUGUUCACGAGAGUUCCUGAUGAAGGUGUGCAGGUAAUACUUUGAGAGCCCCGUUAGACGCCAUGUCUGAAGAGGCCCUUUCAGAAAGUGACCUGGAGGCCAGCCUUAGUGAAGAGGAAUAUUUGGAAAAUGAAGAAGAGGAAGACAAUGAGGAGGGGGAUGAAGAUGAGGAUGAAAACGAUGGCGAUGAUGAAGACGACAGUGUGGAACGACCUGCGAGUGCACAGAGUCAAGCAGAAACUGCACAGGAUGGCAGGGACUCGUCCUCAGCUACCUCCGGAGAGCCUUCGUCUGACCCUCCGUCUCAGCCGUCAUCCCGCCCGUCCUCCAGAGCCCCCUCCAGACCCGCCUCUCGUUGUCAGCCUCCAGCCAGCCCGGAGAAUUCAAGCCCGAGCAAACCACCUUCCAGCAAAACAAAAAAACAGAAGGCCUCCAAAUUAACCAAAUCCUCCAAGUCUUCGAAAGGAUCCAAACCUUCCAAACCACCUAAGCCAGCACACAUGAGGAAGAAUAUCAGGAAGCUGCUGAAGGAAGACCAGCUGGAGGCUGGCACCAAGGCUGCUCAGCAGGAAGAGAUGGAGAGGCGGAAACGUCUGGAGCAGCAGAGGAAGGACUUCCCCACACCAGCACCCGCUCUCCCAGACUCUCAACUAGCAGUGGACACGGCUUCAAUUCUAGGUGAGGUGUCUCACUUCCCUGCUCUCCUAAGCAAGCAGGACGUGAUCUGUUUGGACAGCAGUGGUGAGGAGGAUGAAACUGUUGAGACGAAGAUUCCCGCACUCGCCAUCAGAGAUGAUGUGAUUGAGCUCAGUUCGGGGGAAGAAGACUCGCUGCAGAUAAGCAGCGAGUCGGCCGACGAGGAGGCCGACGGGGCCGCCGGCUCCGAGGAGAGCAGUGGAGCGCACAUCAACGACUCUCUGAACCAGCCGGACACUCAGGGACGGGUACUGGUCAACAUCAACCACCCUGCAGAGGAGAAAGACAUUUACCUCGCCCCGCAGCUGGCGAGGGCUGUCAAACCUCACCAGAUCGGAGGAAUUAGGUUCCUCUACGACAACCUCAUUGAGUCCCUGGAGAGGUAUAAGUCCAGCAGUGGCUUCGGCUGCAUCCUGGCUCACAGCAUGGGGCUGGGCAAGACACUACAGGUCAUUUCCUUCAUUGACAUCCUGCUGAUUAAUACAGAGGCCCACACUGUGCUGGCUAUUGUUCCCGUGAACACUCUUCAGAACUGGCUGUCAGAGUUCAACCUCUGGCUCCCUCCUCAAGAAGCGCUCCCUCCUGACACUGAUCCCACUCUUGUGACCGGACGCACAUUCAAAGUCCACAUCCUCAACGACGAGCACAAAACAACGCUGGCCAGAGCGAAGGUGGUAGAGGACUGGUCCAGAGACGGAGGUGUGCUGCUGAUGGGGUAUGAAAUGUACCGGCUGCUGUCCAUGAAGAAGAGCUUCGUGAUGGGGAAGAAGAGGAAAUCAAAGAAGCCUGCCGGGCCGAUCAUCAUUGACCUGGAUGAAGAAGACAGACAGCAAGAACUCAUGAGAGGUAUUGAGAAAGCCAUCGCUCGCCCCGGCCCAGAUGUGGUGAUCUGUGACGAGGGCCACCGUAUAAAGAACUACCACGCCAGCACGUCGCAGGCCCUGAAGAACAUCCGCUCGCGCCGCCGGGUGGUCCUGACGGGCUACCCGCUGCAGAAUAACCUCAUUGAAUAUUGGUGCAUGGUCGACUUUGUUCGGCCGGACUUUUUAGGCACGCGCCAGGAGUUCAGCAACAUGUUUGAGCGCCCGAUCCUCAACGGCCAGUGCGUCGACAGCACUCCUCAAGACGUCCGCCUGAUGCGCUACCGCAGCCACGUGCUGCACAGCCUGCUGGAGGGCUUUGUCCAAAGACGGGGUCACGAUGUGCUGCGAGACCAGCUCCCCACCAAAGAGGAGCAUGUGAUCCUAGUGCGCCUCUCCCCGGUCCAGAGGGCGCUCUAUACGGAGUUCAUGAAGCGAUUUCGAGAAGCGGGAAACAGCGGCUGGCUGGGUCUGAAUCCUCUGAAAGCCUUCUGUGUUUGCUGCAAGAUCUGGAAUCACCCGGACGUCCUCUAUGAGGCCUUGCAAAAGGAGAACCAGGCCAACGAGCAGGACCUGGACCUGGACGACCUCACUUCAGCCAGUAACCCUCGCUGCAACGCGCCCGGCGCCGCCAUCAAAGCCAAAGUAGCAGACUCCAGCAACAGCAAAGUCAACAACACCCUGCCGACACUCAAUGCCUCUCAGGACAGAGCCAAUCAGGUCAUCACAUAUGAAUGGGCAAAGGACAUAAUGUCGAACUACCGGGCAGGAGUUCUGGAGAAUUCGGCCAAGAUGGUUCUGCUUUUCCACCUGAUUGAUGAGAGUGUGAAGAGAAGAGACAAGAUCUUGGUCUUUAGCCAAAGCCUGUCCACCCUGACGGUCAUCGAGGACUUUUUGUCAAAAAGGCCGAUGCCGCAAGGCGUCGCCUCCUCCGACGGUCAGAACCAAACCUGGGUUCGCAACCUCAAUUACUACAGACUGGAUGGGAGUACGUCUGCAUCAGAGCGAGAACGUCUGAUCAAUCAGUUUAAUGACCCCGAGAACAGCACAGCAUGGGUCUUCCUACUUUCUACCAGAGCGGGCUGCUUGGGUGUGAAUUUGAUCGGGGCCAAUCGUGUGGUUGUGUUCGACGCGUCCUGGAACCCCUGCCAUGACGCCCAGGCCGUGUGCCGGGUGUACCGGUACGGCCAGAGGAAGCCUUGCUACAUUUACCGUCUUGUCUGUGACUUCACCCUGGAGAAGAAGAUCUACGAUCGCCAGGUGUCCAAACAGGGCAUGUCCGAUCGUGUUGUUGACGACCUGAACCCAGUGCUGAACUUCACUCGUAAAGAAGUGGAGUCGCUGCUGCACUUUGUAGAAGAGGAGCCUGAGACCAAGAAAAUUUGUUUGGAAUCCCGAGAAGACUUCGAGGAAGUGAUAUACAACGCCUGUGAGCUUUACCCGCACUUCAUCACCAAGGAACCUUUCCACCACGAGACUCUACUGGUGGACAGAAAAGAGUCAAAGCUGACCAAAGCAGAGAAGAGAGCUGCCAAGAAGAGCUAUGAGGAUGAGAAACGAGCUUCUGUGCCAUAUUCCCGUCCGUCGUACGCCCCCUAUUAUCCAACCAGCGAUCAUUCACUCGCAAACAUACCAGCAUUCAACCAACGUGGAUGGCGGCCCAUGUCGAGGCCGGACGAGAAGCCCGUGGCGAGCGUCAGGCCCAUCCAGUCCACCCCGAUCCCCAUGAUGCCCCGCCAGGUCGCCAUGGGGAUGGCCGGCUCCAGCUCCGCUGGCAGCCUCCCCGUCAACUUCCUUCAAAAAGCUGGAGUUUAUGUGCAGCGAAUCGUCACCACAACUGAUAUCGUAAUCCCAGGAGCCAACAGCACAACAGAUGUUCAGGCCCGAAUCAGCGCAGGAGAGAGCAUCCACGUUAUCAGAGGAUCUAAAGGAACCUACAUCAGGACCAACGACGGAAGAAUAUUUGCUAUUCGAUCGGGAAAGAUCAGCAGGCCAGUAGUUGGAGUCCCUGCUGCUUCGAGAGAUACCCAGGGUUCUUUGAUCCAUCCAGUCAGCAACGGCUGUUCGUCCCCUGUGGAUCAGCAGCACCGCUCCCCGAACGGCGAGCAGCGGCCCUCCUCUUCUCCUCUCAGCUCUGAGAUUCUCAGAGAGCUCAGCUGCUACACCUCGUCCACGGGCGAAGCCCCUGCCGGCCUCGGGAACUCCUUCCCGUCGCCGUCGGAGGCCUCCGCCGUGCCGGCGGCCGACGGAGGCGGCUCGCAGAACUAUCAGUCUGGCGAUCUGAGCAGGCAGCUCUCCGGCGACGCCCUGAGCACGGCGCUGGAAAUGCGAGGGAACAAACGCAAGAGCAACGAGGGCCAGGGCAACGCGCAGGCGGGGAGCAAGCGUGCCUCGGCUGCGGCGCAUUUCCCCGGCCUGUCCAUGGGCUCCGGCGGGCUCAGCUUCCCCCCCGUGGGCCUGAACUCCUCCUCCCUCCUGGGGAACCUCGGCCACAUGAGCCACCCGCUUCUGAUGGCGAGUGGCGGCGGGUCAUCAUUCCUUCAAACUCCCGGGCAGGCGCUGGCCGACCUACAGACCAUGUUCCCCUCGGCAGGCGCCGACCUGCUGAGACAGCCGGCCACGGGGAACGGACACCUCCCCUCCCCCUCCUCGUCUUCCCUGCCCACCGUCUUCUCCUCCGCCUCCACCACGGCUCCCAUGUCGUCUGCGCCCUCCGCGACGACCUCCUCCUCCCUGCCGCCGUACUUGAUGAACCCCAACAUGGCCGGCCUGCUCUCGUCCAGCUUCCCGCUCGGCUACAGCCAGUCGCUGCUCUCCGAGCCCCGGAUGUUCCCCGCCCCCCUCCUGUCCGGGUCCGGGGGGUUCUCCGCGCCAAACUCCAGCUCCACCACGUCCAGCUUCCUGUCCCAUUUCAACAGUCCCACCUCCAGCCUGCUGGGGGCGGCGCUGACCCAGCCCGACAGACAUCCCGGCGCCGAGAACGGCGGGGACACCUCCGACGACGACGUCAUCGAGGUGACGGGACAGUAGAGCCUCACAAAGACCCCGAGAAGCAGCUCGCGCGAAAUCCGACAUGUUCAAGCUCAUUGGGAAUGGGAAUCAUUCAGUAACUGGCGUGAAAACGCCGAGAGUCCAGGGUGUCGGGCGCCCGCCGCGGCUCACAGGCAGCUGGGAUCGUCCGUGGUAUUUUCAUCGUGCCAUCAAACUAAAAAGCACGUUUAGAAUUUGGUUUAACAGUUUAGAGAAAAGAUAAACUUGGAUGAAGCUUUGGUUUUGUUAAAAAUAAAAUUAUGAGUGACAUUUAUCAAAACUGGAUACUUUGUAUACGCCGAAGUUUGACGUUCCUCCUGUUUUGAAAAUAUCUGACAUGUUUCUCAGCACUUUUUAUUGGCUGUUCGGUAAAAUUAAACCUGAAUUCCCAUUCCUGAUGCCCCCUUGAAACGUUCACAGCGACUCUCACCUGCAAACAAGUGAGCGGACUUGGACUUUAGUGACUUGACAGAGUCGUAAGUAACAAAAUCCUGAUGCUGAAUAUCUCAGACUGGUUCAGCUGGAGCGGCAGAGUCGGGUGGGUGGGGGUGGGGAAACACACCUUUUUCAUACGGGGACCAGCUGAAGCCUUCGGGGCUGUUCAAAGCCUCGCCUGCUCUGUUUUUAAGGUCUGGCUGAGCAAUUACUUUGAUAUCUUCUCACUUCAGACGGAAUGAUACAAAUAGAAAAACUGCAGAACGGCGGAUUUUCUCACGAUAUAUUGCUGUGACGCGUUUGACUGCGGCUGCACUCAAAUAAAUUCAGCCUGAGGUUCAAGUCACAGAAAUUAUACCAUCAGAAUACAUUUGGAGAAAAUCCUUUCCAGGUUUUACCUUUUAACAACUAAAGUUUUAGGCUUUCAGAGCAAAUUUUAGUGAUUAGCAGUUUGAUAGACGUAGCAUCCCCUGUGUGAGCCGGUACCUGAACAUGUUGAUACUUUGUAAAUAACAGUCAUUAUCAUUGUUUAUAUUGCAAGUAAAAAAUGUGCAGUGUGUAGAUUUCCAUGGUAGGGAGAUGGUUUAUUAUACAGCGACUAUCAUAAUGAUAAACACACCCCGGCGUCGGCGCCGGGGAAGAAUACAAUUAUGUUUAUGACUUCUUUUUCUGUUUCCCCUUCAAACUAAAAUGAAUGUACUUUCAUGAUAGCCUUCGGUGACGACGCAGGGGGCCGGGACAUGGAUUCGGACUGUGUUCUUUCAGUUUUUUAGCCUUAAAUAACACAAAGGGGUCUUGAGUCUUAGCAUUUACGUCGUUUUUACAAACCUAUUGGAAGAACUACUGACGUCCUGACAGUCUGCUUUGAAGUCCAGACCCGUUGAGGGCAGCUUCGGCGUCGUGUGAAAGCCGAACGGCUCAAGCCGAGGUCUCAUGUUGCUCACUAAAGCUCCCCAUCGCUCUUCAGUUGCUGUAGCCCCUCCAUUUGACGCGAUCGCUCAGUUCGGCCGACACCGGGGGUCUGCAACCUGCACGUGUUCGCAAAACUUUACAGUGCAGCAACCAAUAAUGUGAUCAUUUGGCCAUUUUUCAGUGGAAUAAAACACAGAGUGUACUAACUUGCCAAUAUGAGAUAGUCGUCACAUUGAUUAACUGAGGAUAUUCUGCAACACUCAAUCAUUACACUAUUGGAAAGUUGUCAUGAUAUUGGCAUUGUUACAUUCAGAAUGGAUAAUGGUUGUUACAUAUGUAAUUUGGAUUAUUAUUCUAUUUAUACACCAGACACAUUUUCAAAAAAAAAAUGCCCUGAAAUGUAAAAUAACCGAAAUGAUUUAAAUCGAUAAAAGUGAAAAGGACAAAAGAAACAAACUGACUUGUGAAAUUGAACAAAAUGGAAAAUAAAUUGGGCAUAUUUUGUAAAACAGACCAUCGUGGGACAGGUUAGUUUUCAAUCCCUGUUGAUGUGUUGUUGCAAUACUAAUAGUCUUAUCUUCGUCUUAAGGCUCUGAACUCAUUUUCUUGGCUUCAAAGUGGCCAAAACGUCUCUUUUGAUCCUGAAGUUUGCAGACCCCCGGUCCUCAGCCUGUCCAGUCUCCACUGUGGAAUCCUUCUGGAGCUGCCUUCAGCAACAAACUGUAGAACCCACUGCGUCGGUGCAGCCUGAGGGGAUCAAACCUUUGACUCAAUGUAGCCGCCGACCAUCCGAGCAGACAUUCGACAUUUCGCUGCGACUGUGGCGGAACCACGUCGAGCUGGCCUUCUUAAACCUGACGGUGCCAUCAUCGCGGUAGCUCCUCACCCGACCGCAGUGCAGUGUGAGUAGCUUGUGUCCGUAGUGUCAGUCAGUGUAGGUAUCAGUGCUGUAGGGAGUUCCGGUCAUGGCUGUUCUCGUGUUUCCGUGUUGUCCCGACACAUCCGGAUCUUUAGAUUUAGGGAAGUCUCCUUCCUCCGUCGGUAACCUAGGCUAGCUGCGGUGGUUCUUAGCCUUUAGAAAACACUGGAUAACCCCAGAGAAAACAUCGUUCCCUCUUGAUUUGCAUCUGUCCGUCAAACGUUUUGCUCCUGCGGUUUGAUCGCUGCUCACGUUGAAUUAGCUGCUGGCUCCUUUCCCUGCUUCACCUUCACCUCUGGUUUUCUUGGGAACUCGGGAUUUGGUUCAUUUCAGAUCUGAAAGCACAGCGAACAUGUUGUGGACGGCUCAUAUCUGUUUAGAAAAGUGUACAAGGCUGAAUCCAUGUUUUUAUUUUCAGUCUGUCGGCACUUCACAUCUUUAAUGUCGCUUCAGAUUUUUUUUCUUUUUUCUUUUCCCCAAAAAUGUUUUUUAUAACUUUUUAUUGCUGUUGACUCACCUGGCCAUUGUUUCCUUCAUUUCAGUCUAAAGUGUCUGAAAUUUAUUUAUUUAUAAUGGAAAAUAUAUUGUUUUUGUAAUUGUUUUUUAAGCAUUUUGUUCACUUUGACCCAUUAUUGGCUGAUCCAGUAAGACUUUCAUACAUGCAGCCGAGAUUUAAGCGAAUUAUAACUGUUAUCAAUGUUAUUUUAACAAUAAAACACUCUUCUAUUGUAGUGUCAACAAGUA